AUGGACAAACAGGACAGCAAUAAGAUCUCCCUGACUUUGGAUCCAUCAGCAGUCUCCUCCUCCUCAUCUUCCGGCAGCAGCAGCACUUUUGGGCGUUUGAAAAUUGGCAGAGCCAGUUUCCGGUAUCCGAAGCAGAAACGCCAACAGCAGAAUAAGCAAAAGCCGGAUAAUGAACAGGAUGUUGACGACGAUGGGACCAGCAGGAAGUUCCAAAGAAGCAUGUCGCACAGUGACGUCGACAGCAGCAGCAGCAAAAACAACAAGACUGAGAAUCGCCCUCAGGGGAAUAAAGUGGCACCUGCUGCUGACAACAACAACAGCAGCAACAAUUUAAAGAACCAGCAUCAACAACAACCCCCAGUCAAGUUCCAGAGAGUCAGUUUGACACCUUCAGUUAUGGUCACUACUGAUGCUGACUCCCCUCAUGUGGUAUCCAAGGUUAUGCUUCUGGGUGACUCAGGAGUUGGCAAAACGUGUCUCCUAGUUCAAUACAAGGAUGGGAAAUUUCUUGCUGGGAAUUUCAUUGCAACAGUGGGCAUAGAUUUCAGGAAUAAAGAAGUGGAGGUUGAUGGAAAGAAGGUGAAGCUUCAAAUCUGGGACACUGCUGGCCAGGAGAGGUUCAGGAGUGUCACACACGCCUACUACAGGGAUGCUCAAGCUUUGUUGCUGCUCUAUGACGUGACCAACAGGCAGAGCUUCUUCAACGUCAGGUCAUGGCUGGCAGAGGUGAAAGAGAACGCGAGACACAAUGUGGUCGUCGUGUUGAUUGGGAACAAAUGCGACGUCCGAUUCCAAAGGGAAGUGAAGACGCACGAGGGAGAAGCUCUGGCCAAGGAAUACAACGUGCCUUUCAUAGAAACCUCUGCCAAAACCGGCCACAACAAAUUGAUUGCGUCUCCCAUUUUCUCGUUUGACAGGGGAUUGCUGCAUAAAAGCGAGGAUCAUCCAGACCAGGCAUUCGACGUGAAGCGGUACAUCGCAUCCGGCAGUUUGAAGCAAAAUCCGAUCCAACAGUGCAACUGCUGA